AUGGGCCCUCGGAUCUUUCGAAACGCAGUGCGCUGCAUUGACGAGGUGACUCUUUUAGUCUCGUUACGCUUUCUAAUCUCAAUCGAAGCCAACUCUGACAAAUUUCAGGUUUACACUGCUAGAUCAUAUAUUGAAGAACCCUACCUACCAAAAAAAGGCCCUGGGGAGCAUGCCACCCUCAACCCACAAACUCCCAUUCUCCUCAGUCUCCCAGUAUUGGAGACCUACUUACUACAUCUCGACCGGGGGCCUCUCCAGUCUUUGCUUAAGAACUUUUCUAUCUAUAGAAGGAUUCAAUCCAGCCGCAGGUUCCCCUACGGCUACCUUGUUACGACUUCACCCCAGUCGAAGAUCCCACCGUGA